CGCCCAAGUCGAGUACCCGAGUCGAGCGAUACAGUGCCGUUGCUCAGUGAAGCAAACCUACUUCAUCACCAUGUCGACUCACAAGGAGGGAACAGAAUACGACAUCAUCUUUGCCGGAGGUGGCACGGCUGCUUGCAUAGUCGCUGGUCGAUUGGCGAGAGCGGAUCCCAGCCUCUCGAUCCUCCUCGUCGAACAUGGCAAGAACAAUCUCAACGACCCAAACGUCGUCAAUGCUUCCAGAUAUCUCUACCAUCUGGCACCCGGCACCCAGACUGCCAUCGUCUACAAGGGGAACAAGACAGAUGACCUCAACGGCCGGGAGCCCAUUGUGACGGCUGGCGGCAUCCUUGGAGGCGGCUCGUCGAUCAAUUUUGCCAUGUACACGCGAGCUUCGGGUGUCGAUUACGACUCAUGGAACACUGAAGGAUGGGACGCGAAAAGCCUCUUACACUAUGCCAAGAAGCUGGAGACAUACCACCUCGAUCACCCAGAUGUUGACCAGAGCGUUCAUGGCCACGAUGGUCCUAUCAACGUAUCCUUCGGUGCAUACAGUGCCAAGGAUGCCCAGGACGACAUCCUGGCUGGCGCCGCAGCUGUUGGCUUUCCCGAAAUCGUAGAUAUGCAGGAUUUCAAAGCUGCCAAUGGCUUCUCUCGAUGGCUUCGAUACAACUCGCCUGAUGGCAAGCGGCAGGAUACGGCGCAUCGCUAUGUCCAUCCUCUGAUGGCUUCGGGCGACUACCCCAAUCUGCAUCUUCUCGUCCAGAGCACCGUCAGCCGCGUCAUUUUCGAGGGCAACAGAGCUGUUGGUGUGGAAUACCUGCCAAAUGCUUCUUUCCAACCCAUCACCAACCUGACACAUAGGGAGCCACUGACCAUCAAAGCAAGAAAGCUGGUCGUACUCUCCGCCGGUGCUCUUGGAACGCCGCAGAUCCUCGAGAGAUCGGGAGUCGGCAACGCCGAGUUGCUCAAGAAGCUGGACAUUCCAGUUGUUGCCGAUGUUCCUGGCGUCGGCGAGGAGUAUCAGGACCAUAACUUGAUCUUUUACUCGUACAAAACCUCUCUCAAGCCUGAUCAGACGCUUGAUGAUUUGCAUCGCGGGCGACUGGACUUUUACGAGGCUGUGGAGAAGAAGGACCCUAUCGUCACUUGGAACGCGGUUGACCUGGCGGCAAAACUUCGUCCGACAGAUGAAGAAGUCGCGCAGCUGGAUCAAGAGUUUCAGGACCACUGGAACCGUGACUUCAAGGAUCAGACGACGAGACCCUUGAUGCUCCUGGCCGUCGUCAGCUCCUUUCUCGGCGAUCACAAGACGCUUGCCGAAGAACAGGAUGGACCCUCCCAAUAUCUGUCAAUCGGCAUGUACACUGGCUAUCCCUAUUCGCGCGGUGAUAUUCACAUCACGUCCAAGGAUCCUGAUGCGGCACCUUGCUUCAACGCUGGUUUCCUCUCCAAAUGGGUGGACUUGACGAAGCAGAUAUGGGCAUACAAGAAACAGCGCGAAAUCUUCCGCCGCACGAAUGUGAUGACCAGUGAGCUGCCCGUGGGGAGUCCCAAGUUUCGCGAGGGUAGCAAAGCCGCUCUUCGAAAGCAGCCGGAGGCGCUGGAUGGCUUCAAGACGCUUGAAGAGAGAAAAGCUCUGCCGCCGAUCGAGUACGAUGAGGAUGAUGAUAGAGCCAUUGAAGAAUACAUCCGGUCAAACAUUGAAACGACAUGGCAUUCUUUGGGAACUUGUAAGAUGGCUCCAAAGGAAAAGGGCGGCGUGGUAGAUAAGCAUCUCAACGUGUAUGGAACUGUUGGGCUGAAAAUAUGUGACCUCUCUAUUGCGCCCGAGAAUGUAGGCGCAAACACGAACAACACGGCGCUUAUUGUCGGAGAAAAGGGGGCGGAUAUCAUAGCAAAAGAGCUAGGGCUUGUUGUAUAAGCUCGGUCAUUUUUCGAGUAUCUGGGUACAAUCUGCAAGACACCCAUCAAUAUGGCACCCGAUGUCGUCCAGCACCACCGAGCUGGGUAUGCGAGGCGUCACACUACCUUAGUCUAAACGUCCUCCUUGUCAUUACAUAGAAGCUUCCCUAAACACUAGAAUGUUAUGACACUAUUAU